AUGUUUACAUCUGACAUAAUUGAUAUUCUGGUGGAAAACACCAAUUUAUAUGCUAUCAAAAAUCAGUCAAAAUACUGGCUAGAAACCAACAAUGAUGAAAUGUGUGCUUUACUUGGAGUGAUUAUAAUGAUGGGCUUACAUCCAUUGACUGAUGUUGAACUGUACUGGUCGACUGAUGAUUUUUAUAAUAACCCAGUAAUCAGCAGAACAAUGACACUGAAACGUUACAAAAAGCUCAUUGAAAACUUACAUGUAAGCAAUCCAAACAUUGAAUUGGCACACAGUGAUCCACAUUAUGACAAAUUGUCAAAAAUCAGACCUUUGCUAGGAAUACUUAACAAUAAUUUUUCAAGCAUUUGUAGUCAAUCAUCUACGCAAAGCAUAGAUGAAAGCAUGGUCAAAUAUAAAGGACGAAGUAGCAUGAAACAAUACAUGCCGAACAAACCUAUAAAACGUGGGUACAAAGUUUGGGCCCGCUGUGAUUCAGAGACAGGAUACCUAUAUUCAUUUGACAUUUACACAGGUAAAGCCACUUCAACCGAUGAUAAUACUGGAGGUCUUGGAUACAGAGUGGUCAUGGAAUUAUGCAGAAAUGUCCAACCUUACACACUAGUGGCAUUCGACAAUUUUUUUACUAGCCUGCCUCUUCUGGAGAUGCUCCAUCACAGAAAUAUAUAUGCUGUGGGGACUGUGAGAGUCCAUAGAAAAGGUCUUCCGCCUGAAAUAACUUCUAAAAGGGGAAGAAGAGACCCAAUGAGCCUAAAACCAGGUGAAUUCAUGUUUCAGCAUGCUGCUCCUGUAUCAGUGGUCAAAUGGAUGGACUCCAAGGAUGUGUUCGUUGCCACUACUGCAUUUCAUCCAAAAAAGGUGCAGAUUAUACAACGCAAACAGAAAGAUGGUUCAAAAAAGGCUAUGUUUUGUCCUCUACCCAUAGUAGAAUAUACAAAAAACAUGGGUGGUGUAGACCGUUUUGACCAUUUCAGGAGCUCCUACUCUAUAGGUCGCAAAUCAAAAAAGAACUGGUUCCGUUUGUUUUGGUUCCUUUUAGAAGCUGCCCUUAUAAAUGCUUACAUUCUCUACAGCCAGGGACAUGUCAAACGAAACAAUAGUCAUCGUGAGUUCCGAUUGCGUGUUGCAAGAGGUCUUGUUAACAACUUUAGUUCCCGCAAAGCAAGUUCAACUAUAUUGAAAAAUAAGAAAGGAGGUGUGUAUGGAAUUAAUGAUGAGGUGCGAUUGGCCAAUGUUGGUGUUCACAUGCCUACUGCAGGAACUAAGCGGCGGUGCCGUUUCUGCAGCACUCGAACCAAUCCUAAACGCUCUAAAAUAGAGUGCAAUUUAUGCAAAGUGCCACUGUGCAUUGCUCCAUGUUUUGCAAAAUUUCAUUUGCCCUAUGUGCCUCAUAAUUUGUAA